CCCCGAGAGCCCGUGGCCCUGCCUGCCGCCAUGCCUGCCCGCUGCCGCCUCCUCCUCCUCCUCCUCCUGGGGCUGCUCCUGGAGCUGGAGCCUGCCUGCUGCCAGGAAGCCCGGGGCAGUCUCCAGCCGUGGUCACAGGGUGUCAUCGCAGUGGUUGUGUUUCUAACCCUGGUGGCCAUCGCUUUUGUGGUCAAUAGGUUCUGGUGCAAGGAGAAAGUGGAAAAUGUCGAGACGGUGGUGAGUGUCGAGGACAAGCAGGAAGCUGUCAUGUCCAACGGCCGUGAAGGGAGAUACCUAACCGCUGCAGCUGACUUCAGGUCCAAAGAGAGCCAGCACGCCUACGAGAACACCCUGGAGCCAGAGGAGAGGGUGAUCACCACCGCCAUGUAGCAGGCACCCCGGCCAGCCACCCACCUUCCUUCUCUCACUUUGCUUCCCGCUGUCGCGAUGGGUGUUUUCACAGGGACCCUCUGCACCGGCAUCCCCCAUGCGUGGCAGCUCCCCGACCUCUCCACGGCACCACUGUCUCCUGAUCUUUUCCCUUCCCACCUGCGGGAUGUGCUUUUCUGCCUCGGGGGCUGGUGUCCAUGCGGGCAUCAGUCCUCAGGAGAGGUCCGGAGGUGCCACCUCUCCUGCCCAGCAGUCACCCCACCUGGUUGGCGAGGCUGAUAUUCCCAGUCCCAGGGGGGUGCUGACCGGCUCCAGACAUAGAGGUGUCCCUGCCGGCUGCCUGGCACCUCCCUGCACCCCCAGCUGCCUUCUGGGGAGCUGCUGAUGGAAAACGCCCUCUCUUCUCCCUGUUUCACCCUCCUUUUUACAACCUACACCAUGCAUUUUAAUGUCAGAACAAAUCUUCUCCCCUGUAUAUAUAUCUUCCCAGUGAGCGAUAAAGAGAAUUGUUGCCCAUACGACAGCAAAGAGGGUUGUUUUGCUAAUCACCCAAAGGACUUUCUGGCAUCUCGCAGCGCUCCCAGCCUUCAGGCAGUUUGGGAAGUGAAGGA